UCUUACAUAUCUAUAAGUGGAUAGCACUGCAUCAGCCGUGUCACAGAUCUGCCAAGCUAUUCAUAUCACCAUGGCUGUCCGGUUCUUUGUGCUCACCCUAACAGCUUUAUCUAUCGAUGCAUUUUUCCUUGACACUAUAAAACAAGGCCAAUAUAACUCAUACAACAACAUUGAGCCAUGCAAUCAUAUACAGAACCUAAUUAAUGAAUGGGCAAAGCGUCGAGAAUAUGACGCUAUCAGACAUAUCUACAGCUUUAUUCUGAACCGUCAGCGCAACCAUAACGACAAGAGAUACUCCUACUCAAGCGAUUUGGACGAGGCUUUUUAUCACCAUAACUCGGACCCGGAUGAGAAUAGGCUUCGAGACCUUAUUACACACAACACUGAACCUGGCUGUCUUAAUAAGUUACAAACGUUUUGUGAAGGUCUCCUUCAUAUCCAACAACAUUCUCACGUGACAACAACGCACAAACCUACGGAGAAACCAACAGAGAAACCGACGACGACCGUCCAGGUAACCACACAGCCGAUCACCACAAAGAAACCAGUUACCACCACUAUGCCACCCGCCACUACCACCAUGCCACCCGCCACCACCACCAUGCCACCAGCAACCACUAAUAUGCCAGGAAGCACAUUGCCUCCUCUGAAUCUCAAGACAUGUGAUCCUCUGGCCUUUGUGAUGGUUCUUGCAAAUGGAAACCAAGUUCUUAACGACAAUGCCGGACUUUGCACGGACGGGACCCACAGUGCACCCGAAGCGGUCGUCAUGCAGACCUGUAAGGCUCCGGCACCCUCGGCAUGGACCGCCGGACCCAAGGUGUUGGAAAACUGCGCCAGGAUUCCUGCGUACACACCGAUCGCCACGUUUGAGUUUGGUCAGUACAAUCUGGACUCUUCCUCCCUGUCGGGAAUCUUCGUGGAGUGCACGGAUGACGGGUUCAAGAUUGCGGCACAGCUAUGCGGACAUGGUCCAGAGAUCUUCACGCUUCACAGGGGCGGCUCCACUCUGCGACAGAAUCCCGAUAGUUAUUAUGUCAUUAACAUAUAAAAAUUUCCGGAGGGUGUACCUCGUCUGCAUAUUAUUCAUUUACAAAGAGCACAUCAAACAAAUACAUCAUCUAAAGUCUG